AUGCCAGCUAAACGUGAGGUGCAGUUGGAAAAAUGCAUAGAUGAUGCCACAAGAAAAAAUAACUUCCAGUUAUUAGAACAAUUUCUGCAAACAGAAGGAUGUGAUAACAUUUCUCAUAAGUGCAGCAAACAGUUUUUCAACAAAUUUGACAAACUUAUAUGCCGGGAACUUGACAAACAAGAAGUCAAGAAUGUUUCAACUUUGCUAAAUUCUCUUCAGAAAUAUGGUAAAAAUAUCAUCAUACCAGGUGGAGAUGGUUUUCAAGCAAUGAUCAAAUAUGGUCUUGUUGAAAAGAUGGUUAGUUGGUUUGAAAAGGCAAAAGAAAUUCUGAUAUUUAGAAGAAAUGAAAAAAAUGAAGCACUUACAAGUCUAGUUGAAGAUUUCUUCGAUGUUUUGAUGCUUGUACAUGAUACCAACAGUGAAGGUAAAAUACAAACAUUAGAAAGCUUUAUACUGAGAAUAUGUACCCUUGUUGCUGAUGUAAGAAUCAAUAUUUAUAUUCAGCAAGAGGCUGUAAGAAAACUUAAUUCAAUGCUUGAUACCAUGCCUCGAGAAGCGAGAAAAAAAAUUAUUUCCACGAAGGAAAUGUUCCUUGUCAUGAAUGAUAUGGGAAAGAGAAUUUUAGAUGCUGGAGACUAUGACUUGCAAGUAGCCAUUACUGAAGCUUUAUGCAGAAUGACAUCAGAAAAACAAAGAGGAGAACUGGCACGCCAGUGGUUUUCUAUGGAGUUUGUGACCAAUGCAUUUAAAGGAAUUAAGGACUCUGAGUUUGAAACAGACUGCAGAAAAUUUCUUAACCAGGUGAACGGAAUGCUUGGAGACAAAAGAAGAGUUUUUACAUAUCCUUGUUUGUCAGCAAUCCUUGAUAAAUAUGAGCUACAGAUACCUUUGGAUGAAAAUCUUGACGAAUUUUGGAUUGAUUUUAAUGUUGGUAGCCGAAGUAUAUCCUUCUAUGUUGCAGCAGAUGAUGAAGAUCAUCAAUGGGAAACAGUCAGCAUACCUGAAGAAGAGGUAGAAAUGUACAGCCUUGAAGAAAAAGAGUCAAAGAAGUUACUAACAAUAAUUCUAAAAAAUUCAGUAACUGUGGGUAAUCAAGAAGGGGAGCAAAUGUUCCUAUAUUUUGAUCCUGUCUUGGAAAUCAUGGAAGUGGCCAGAAAGAUUUAUGGUGCAAAUAAAUGUAAGGGAUUUACCAAGAAGCAAGCCACAUCAGUUGCCAAAACAUCAGUACAUAUAAUUUUUGAUGAAAGUGGAUCACAGGUUCUUGUACCAGAAAGUCAAUUGUCACCUUGCUUGAAAGAAAAAUCAGGAAUGGAAGGGAAAUCCAGUAAGUCUGUAAAACAACAACUUCCUGUACAACAAAGGAAUUGGAAUAUAAAAACUAACCAAGAGAACUGCAAAAAUAUUCAAUCUAAGAUUACUACACCUACUAAAAGGAAAGUGUCUGAAGCAUCAGUGAUUGUCCCAGGUACUGGUAGACUGCCUCUGAGGAGCCCAUUGGUAUUUGUCAAUUCGUCAACUCCCCGAAAGGCCCGCUUUAAACUGCCUUUGCAAAUGAUGAGCUCUUCUGAAAAAAAUAACAUUACCAGAAUAACUGAGAGUGGAAUAAAUAAUUUAGAUCUAGAGCAUACUGGACCACAUAUAUCUUCUAUAGCUGACUCUCUUAAAAGGCGUAAUGUUGCUGCAGAAAAAGGUAGAGAUGGCUCUGUACUAGACAAUGUAUUUUGUGAGACUCAGCAGAAUACCAGCAAAACAAGAAUCAGAAAUGAGGCAAAACUAUCUGAAAAGCAGCAUAUGUCAGCCGAAAAAGUUUUGGAAAUGAUACAAAAUGAGGCAGACAGUGAGACCAGCCAAAAACAAACACUACAUGAACUAUUAGAUAUUGUUCCUGAUUCUCAGCCAGUAGGCAGAAAUGACAAACCUUUAUUGCCUGGUCUUUUGGAAAGUUCUGCUGAUGAAAAUAAAAUCUGGAAAAAACAGGCAUGCUCUGUACCUGAGAAGCUGAUAACAAAGUGUGACAAGCAGAAGAGAAGUACAUCGUCAGGACAUACAUUCCAACAAGUUCCUGGUCUCAGUGAAAGAGCUGCCAAACAAAAAGCUUUCUAUUCAAUCUUUGAAAGUACUUCUCCAAAACAACAAGCUCAGAGUAGAAAAAUAUCAAAGAAGCAACAAAAUGAAACCGAAAAACCAGAAGAAAACUGCAUAAGACACAGAGGACAAAUGCUAAACCGUUCUAACCAUUUAGAACAGAAAAUACUAAGUACAGAGGCAAAAGAAGUUCCCACCACACCCGAAACAUCUUUUAAUUCAGUUUAUCCAACUAAAAUGACUGAAAAAUCUCUGGGAUAUUCAACGAAAUUAGUGUUGGCCAGAAAUUCUAAGGAAGAAGUUGAUGUUUCUCUUAGAAAAGGGACUACAAAUCACAAAAAAUCUGAGACGGUGAUAGACUCUCAUCUUGGUUCCUCUGACUUAGCAGUAAAGGGAAUGAAAGCAAAAUCUAAAGAAAUGGCUGAACCAAUAGAAUCAAUAAUAAGUAAAAUCAGUGAAAGAUAUAAACAAAAGGAUGAUAUCGAACAGGCAAGAAAAGCAAGAGAAUUUUUAGCUAAUAACAGGUCAUGUUUAAAUAAGUCUGGUUUCAAAGUCAAUAAGGAAAAAGUUCAGAAUAGAAGCUGUAGAAACGUAAAAACUAGAGCUGUGCUUAAUAUGACUACAGGACAUAUUGUGGAUGAUGUUUACAAUUUUAACUUAAGUGGAUUUGAUGAACCUACGAUAAAGCUUGGAGGCCAAGAAUUACAUGUUACUAACCUGAAGGCUAGUACAAAUCUGACAGGAAAAAAGAAUCCUGAUGAAAGCAAAAGUACCAUCCAGAAAAAAGUAGAUAAUAAAAAUAGAACUAAUAAAAAUAAGAAGCAUCUCUUUAGUGACACUGACACAGAAUACAGAGGUGAUGACAGCAAGACAGAUAUCAGUUGGCUACGAGAGUCUAGCAGAAAACCUAAACCCCAACUAAUAGACUACAGCAGAACUAAAAAUCUGAAGAAAUCUAAAAGUAUAGAAGCAACAGAUACGUUCUGUGACCCUGCAUGUCUGAUGGAUAUAUCUGAAGGGAAAAAAACAAAAAAUAAAAAGGUACCAGUUAGUAAAAAACAAAAUACAAAAGCUGAUGAGAGAAUAAAACAGACAACCAGACCAAAAUGGCCUCGAAGAGCAGCAUUAGCAAAAAAAAGUUAUAAGGAUUACUCAAAUUCAGAGUCAGAGAGUGAACAGGAAUCUUCACAGUGCUUACGUAGGAAAGAAAAAUUCAGAGUACAGCAAGAGCACAAAAAUGGCCAAAACAAAGCUGUGAGUCAACACAAGGAACUACAGAACAAUGUUUCUACAGAGCCAAAAAAGGGAAUAUCAAGAAAUCAACAGCAAAUAUUUGCUAAAUCAAAAGACCCUAUAAAACAAAGAAAACUAGAAAUGUCAUCAGUAGCCUCACCUGAAAGCCCAGCAUCUGUUGAGACGAUGAGAUGUGCUGAAAAAGUACCAGAGGAAGCAUUUACCCAGGAACAGGUUUCCUUGAAAAGAUCAUCAUCAUCAUCAUCAUAUCUUCAGGACUCAACACCAGAAAAGAGGGAGUCCUUACGCAUUGUGAAAGGAAUUUCAGCUAACAAGCUUUAUACAACAAAAAAGAAUAAGCAAAGUAUACAUCUAAAACAAUCCCCUGAAAAUGUCAAAAAGUUGGUAUUUGGAAAUGAAAGUUUAUCACCAGUUUUAAGUCCACUUUCUUUGCCUACUCUGACUCCAGUAACUAUGGACAAAGCUGUCACGAGUGGAAAAGACACAGAGGUUACUGAACCUGAGGUGGAAAUAUGUGAUAUUAGUGAGGCAGUGAAUGUUACGAAUUACCUUUCAGACAAACUCUCCAUUACCGCAGAACUGAAAGAUCUUACUAAAAAUAUGCAAAAUAAAGGAGAGGAAUCUGUACCUCCAUCUCAAUUAUGCACUUCCAGUGGAAGCAGAGAACAGUCAUGGUGUGAAUAUCCCUGUGGCACCAUACAUGAAUCCGGGCCUACAGUUCAAGUGAAUCUCAAACGAAUGUACCACAGUGAUGCAGAAAGUGAUUCUGAUGAAGUGGAAAUGAGGAAGGAAGAAGAAGAGAGAAAAACAAAGCUUCUCCCUAGAAAAUUAUUUAAAGCAGAUGAUGAUACUGUGUAUAAAGAUAAAUCCAUAAUGCAGUGUGCAAGGACUCAUUCCUUUUCCAGAAAUGGGAAGAAGUGGGGUGCAACAAACGAAAUAACUGUGUCCGAGAGCAUCUCUACUGUGUCUGUAAAUGAAUUGUCUCUCUUGGAUGGAGAGGUCUGCGACCCUGGUUGUUCAAGUAUAGGGAUAGGUCAGAAGCUCCAUAAGGAAUUUACCAGGAAAAUUCAGAGCCGCUCAAGAAGAAUGGACCACUUUACCAAGCAAUCCUUGAAAACAGCUCAGCAGCAUUUGACAACAGUGAGUUGUCAGUUGCAUGAAUGCAGGAUCAAGCAGCUGGACAAAUUUCAUUUCACCAUCGUAGAGGAGCUUGAGAGUUUUGAAAAAGAUUCCCAAUCUUUGAAAAAUAUGGAGAAAGAAUUAUUGAACUUUUGGAAAAAACACGCACUUACGUUUAGUGCUUGCAAGAAAAAUGAACAGCGGAGGAUUCAGAUUCUUAAAACUUCAUUCGAAAAGCACAUCUCCCACAGUGUUAACUAUGAGGAAAAUAUUUUUACUUCUGAGAUGCAUCUAAUGAAAGAAGACAUGAAAGGGCUUCAAGAGAAGCUUCUUAAAGAAAUGCAUGAAGAGGAGCUGUUUAAUGUUCGCAGAGGAUUGCAGACACUGUUUCUGGCAGAAGGGAGAAAAUUCUAAUAUCGUAAAUUCAUAUAUUUUUGAAAAUGUUUGUUUAUAUUAAGAUUACUUUUUACUAAUGAGAAGUUUUGACAAUUGCAUAUUUACUGAAAGCUUUUUAAAGAAGUGCUAUUUUAAAAGGAUCUUCACAUACUAAAUUAGGAAUAUUUAUUAACAAGAGGUCAUUUUAAAAGGUUUAUUUAUUGGCAUAGAAAAAAGGAGUAAUUUGCAAUUAAAACUGAAGUGUCAUGUUUUUGAUUUGCAUGUGUACAUAGGACUUCUAUAGCAAUUAAUAGGAGCUGUGUUGUACAUACCCAGACACAGAAUUUGACCAUACAUUCUUUAGCACGUGAAAAGGAGA